GCGACAACGUUUUCGUAUUUCACGUUUACGUGGAAUUAUCAAAGAUGUAUCAAAACACUGUCAAUAUUGUCGUAUUUAUAAAACAGUGCCACGUUCCCCAAUGAUGGGUCCUUUGCCAGAAGUCAGGUUAACACCGUUUAUCAGACCUUUUUCGCACACCGGGGUGGAUUAUUUUGGUCCGAUCUUGGUGAAACAAGGCCGAAGUCUAGCGAAACGAUGGAUAGCAUUAUUUACCUGCCUCACAGUGAGGGCCGUCCACCUAGAAAUCGUACACUCACUGUCAACUGAAUCUUGUGUGAUGGCGAUAAGAAGAUUUGUGGCACGCAGGGGCGCACCGGCCACUUUGUAUUCAGAUAACGGCACUAACUUCACCGGUGCAGCUCGUGUGUUGGCAAAACAAAUACGCGGGAUAAAUGAAGAAUGUGCUGACAUAUUCACGAACGCGAAUACUUCAUGGAAGUUCAACCCACCUAUGGCGCCUCAUAUGGGAGGGCCAUGGGAGAGAAUGGUCAGGUCGAUCAAAACGGCCAUGACGUCGAUCGCAGAUCAUCCUCACCAUCCCAGUGAUGAAGUUCUCGAAACAAUAGCCCUAGAAGCUGAAGCAAUAGUGAAUUCUCGACCUCUUACUUAUCUACCAAUUGAUUCCUGUGAACAAGAAGCCUUGACACCGAACCACUUCAUUCUGUAUGGUUCGCAUGGAAUUACACAACCGCCAAAGCAACUUUCAGUAAGCGGUUCCGUAUUAAGAGACAGCUGGAAACUUUCCCAACAUCUGAUUGACCAGUUCUGGAAAAGGUGGAUUCGUGAAUAUUUGCCAACCUUAACCAGGCGCACCAAAUGGUUUCAGCCGAGCAAGCCUUUGAAACCUGGGGAUAUAGUGGUCGUCGUAGAGCAACAAAAACGAAACGGUUGGUUGAGAGGACGAAUCAUCGACGUAUUUCAUGGAAGGGAUGGACAGGUUCGAAGGGCGGUUGUUCAAACGUCUCACGGACAGUUAACAAGACCUGCAGUCAAACUGGCUCUGCUAGAUGUUGGUGGAGAUCAAAAUCAGUCGAAUGCGUUGCCGCCACCGGAAAUACACGGGCGGGGGAUUGUUGACAAAACCACUGGGCAACCAUCUGACAGCAGUGAUGUGAAUUCCGGUUGCGCACCGAUAACAAGAAGAAGAACUGUCAUUAAACAUUGAGAUAGUGAAGAGAGAUCGUAUCCACGUUUUUCGCUGAUUUAAAGUAUAAUUCGGUUAUUGUAUCGUUGAAUUGAAGUUUCGGAUUAUAAGAGGGUUGAAGCACUUAUAGUAAGUAGGUUAAAUAUGAAUCUUUGUUUAACAUAACCGAAUCGAAUUACAUUACAGUUUUGAAGCUGUGCAGUCAACUGCUAUCAGAAGGUGAUUUUCCUCUUCCGAAACUAACCGU